CUGACCCAUGGUUAAUUAUCCCCAUUUACUGAUACGCCCGAACCCCCCACCCCCAAAUCCUUAAAAUCUCCCCUCUUUUUCUCUUUUCAAUCGCAUAAAAUCCCUAGAAAACACACACUCAACAGCAUAGUAGUUCCAAUGGAGCAAGAACCAGAGCAUGAAGUUUACGGUGGAGAGAUACCGGAUGAAGCUGAUAUGGACGCUGAUAUCGACAUGUCUCGGGGCGAUGAGGAAGAUGAGAAUGCUUCCAAGGAGUUGGAGGAUAUGAAGAAGAGAUUAAAGGAGAUUGAAGAGGAAGCAGGGGCUCUUCGCGAGAUGCAAGCCAAGGUCGAAAAAGAGAUGGGUGCCGGACAAGAUUCAUCUGGCACGUCUGCUACACUAGCCGAGAAGGAGGAGGCCGAUGCCCGGUCAAUAUAUGUUGGAAAUGUGGACUAUGCAUGCACUCCUGAGGAAGUUCAGCAGCACUUCCAAUCAUGUGGCACUGUCAACAGAGUUACCAUCCUGACCGACAAGUUUGGUCAGCCUAAAGGAUUUGCCUAUGUUGAAUUCGUGGAACUUGAAGCAAUCCAGAAUGCCCUCCUCCUGAAUGAGUCAGAGUUGCAUGGUCGUCAAUUAAAGGUGGCCGCAAAGCGAACUAAUGUACCUGGAAUGAAGCAAUUUCGAGGCAGGCCAGCCAACCCUUACUUUGGGUUUCGAGCCAGAAGACCGUAUAUGCCCGGCCCACCAAUGUUUUCUCCUUAUGGUUACGGCCGGAUCCCAAGGGGAAGGCGGCCGAUGCGUUACAGACCAUACUGAAGGUGGACUAAGGUGGCAUGCUAUCGUAGUGUUCUUCCUAGACCAGCGACAUUAUAUGGUGCAAUCUCUUCACUGGGAUAACAUCCUUAUACUGUAUCUGCUCACUAGGUUCAUUUUAGAGAGAAAUUAAACAUCAACAAGAAGGCUCAACUCUGUACCAUUAGCUUGAUUCUGGAGUUUUUUUUAAUUUAUUUUCCCCCUUUCAACACAUUCCUUUUGCCCCUGGGCACACAUAGACACAUGGUGCAUUCACCGGGUCGAUUGACGUUGUAUGUUAAGAGUUAUGCAUCAGUUAUAUGUAUGUUUUAAAAUGGCAGCAGAACUCUAGCAUUUGCUGCUUGCAGAUCGUUAGUGGGGGCUUCUUAAGAGUCCUGAUAUUGCAGAACUUUUACCUUGCCAGUUCACUUGGAAAAAAUUAGGGGAAUCCAGCUUUACUGUACUCUUUUUCUGUAA